AUGAUCACCAGGAAGAGUGAUUCGGAUUCCGGGAAAUUUCAUAACGAGUUCCAUGAACCCGACUCCGAGGAGGAUAUCCAUCUGAUAAGAAGUUUGAUGAAGUCGGUAGGCUUGUGGUCCUCGAAAUCUGAAAAUUCAUCCCGAGAGAAUCUCAUAUCACUCGUCUCUAUCACAGCCUGCACUCUUCUGAACGUCGUCGUGGUCGUUCCCUUCUUCAUACAGCUCGUUUUCAUGGAGGAGGACAUUAAGUCGCUGGUGCAAUACUCUUCGCAGUUGGUCGGUUUCUUCAUAGGAGGGGCCAAGUAUUUGUACAUGUUGCAUCGCAAGAAAGAUCUCUGCAAAUGCAUCGAGUGGAUUACCGAAGAUUGGAGGAAUGUCCGCACGGAGUCCGACCGCGAGAUCAUGCUCCGAAGCUCGAGAUUUUGCCAACAAUUGACCCGGACGUGCAUGAUCGUCAUGUUCCCUAGUUGCAUUGGCUUCGCAUCCAUGAUCCCUGUCAUGUCAGGAGACCUUCUGACGCCUAAUAUCACCACGAGGAAACCGGCGAUGCCCUGCUAUUACUUCGUCUUCGACGUUCGCCCUUCGCCGAAUUAUGAAAUAAUUUAUGUUGCGCAAGUAGCGUGCGUGACCGUGUCUGUAACCUUUUACCUGAUUGCAUGUGCUCUCACUGCGAAACUCGUAUUUCACAUCUGUGGCCAGUGUCGGAUCGUGAGGUCCCUUUUUGAGAAUAUUAUCAAUGGAGACGAGCAACAAGAUCUGAGCUUUAACGAGAGGUGGUCUUACGCUAUCGAAGCUCACUUACGGGUACUAAGAUUUGUAAAGGACGUCGUGUCGGUACUAAGAGGAAUAUGUCUCACGGAACUGUUAGGAUGUAGCACAGUAGCUUGCUUCCUUGGAUUUGAUGUGAUCGUGAACCUGCAAGAAAAUAAUAUAGGAGAUUGCAUCAUAAUUGGCCUCAUAUUUAUCUCCUUUAUCCUGAAUCUAUUUAUAUAUUGUUUCAUCAGUGAACAGCUUACCCAACAGUGUGCAAUGAUUGGAGCAGCGAUUUACGAGAUCGAGUGGUAUCGUCUACCGUCAAAAAAGGCGUCAGAAAUCGUUUUAGUACUUGCCAUCUGUAACAUUCCAGUCAAACUGACCGCUGGGAAGAUAUCCGAGCUGUCCAUGAGUGUGUUUUGUGACUCGACGACAAUUCAGAACUCCGUCGGCAUGAUUUCAAAAGGCAAUAGCGUAGAUUCCGUAGCAGUUCGCAAUGAGUUUUACGAAGUCGAUUUCGAGCAAGACCUAAAAAAGCUGCGUUUCCUCUUGAAGUCGAUCGGUCUGUGGCGUUCCAAAGAGUCCGGUUUGUCAAUGGGAAAUGUCAUGAUGGUCGUUUCUAUCAUUGCUUGUGUCAUCAUAGGAGCCAUCGUGAUCGUUCCUUUUGCUCUCCAGGUUGUCGUGAUAGAGAAUAGCAUCAGGGUGCAGGUGAUGUCGUUUGGACCAUUGUUCUACUGCCUGACAGGAGCUGCCAAGUAUUGGUGCAUCUUGACCAAGAAGAAAGAGAUCGGACUCUGCAUUGAUCUGAUGUCCGAGGAUUGGAGAAAUGUGCGUCUGUCGGAAGAACGCAAAAUCAUGCUUCGAGCCACGGAAUGGUCCAACAGGUGCACAAAUGCUUGUGCUAUCUUCAUGUUCAGUGGAACCCUUGGAUAUACCAGUAUGAAGCCCUUAUUCACUGGGGAACUUCUGCCGGGUAGCAACGUCACUACGAGGAAAUUAGCUCUGCCCGUUUAUUAUGGCACCUUCGACUUUCGUUCAUCACCGAUUUAUGAGAUUUCGUAUUUGAUGCAGAUAGUACUGAUAACAAUAAUUUGUACUGCCUCGGUAGGGGCUUCCGCUCUGGCUGCGAAGUUGGUCUCUCAUAUCUGUGGACAAUGCCAAAUAAUAGUAUUACUUUUGAAGGAUCUUGUAGAUGGAAAACAGAAGAUACAUGGAAACCUGAACGACAGGUGGGCUGCUAUAAUCGAGACUCACGUACGGAUAAUCAGGUUUACGAAGAAAACGGUGUCGCUGUUGAAAGAAAUUUGUUUGGUGGAAUGUCUGGGAUCCAGUGCCAUAAUUUGUCUUGUCGUGUAUUACUUACUUACGGUAUGCAAGUUAAUUUAUGAUUACCUAGGGUGCUUAGAAUGAUAAACGGGAGGCUGUUAAAAUUUGCGUUUAUUGCAGGCGAUAGAACAACAAGAUACGGUGACGUGUGUCAUUAUGGUCAUUCUGUUUGUCUCUUUUACUCUAAAUAUAUUCGUGUACUGUUUUAUCAGCGAAGAACUUGCAAAACAGUACGACAUGAUCGGAACAACCUCCUUUGAAAUAGAUUGGUACCGGUUACCGGCAAAAAAAAUAUCUGAACUAAUCAUGGUAAUUAUGAUUUGCCAAAUUCCACCCAGACUAUCUGCUGGAAAGAUAGUAGCAUUGUCUUUGACUGUAUUGGGCGAUAUUCUUAAGGGAUCGAUGGUGUAUUUAAAUGUAUUGCGAAACAAUAUGAUGUAA